AAAAGUGGAAGAUGGAGAAAGUCACUAAAACAAAUUUGUUGACUGUCACGUUUAGUAAACAAAAAUAACCAGUCGAAGUGACGCCCCCUGUCAAAAUGGCGGCAAUAUGGGGAAUUGCGGUUGUGGCCACUACAUUUAAGCUUUUGCUGAUUCCCUCGUACUAUUCCACAGAUUUUGAAGUUCACAGAAACUGGCUUGCAAUAACACAUAGUCUUCCGUUGAGCAAGUGGUACUAUGAGAAAACAUCAGAGUGGACAUUGGACUACCCACCAUUUUUUGCAUGGUUUGAGUUUUACCUUUCACAGGUGGGCAGGUACUUUGAUCCACAGAUGUUAGUUAUUUCUAAGGACAGCUAUGCCAGCAAUGCUACAGUUUUGUUCCAGCGCCUUUCAGUUAUAGUGGCAGACUUUCUCUAUAUAUAUGCAGUUAAAGAAUUUGUCAAUAAAUGCUUAAAAGUGAAGCAGAAGGAAGUAGAGGAUGUCUUUAUUCACCCAAAAUCAAUAACAGCAGUGCUUCUCAUAGCAAAUUUUGGCCUUUUCAUUGUUGAUCACAUUCAUUUUCAAUAUAAUGGAUUUUUAAGUGGAAUUUUUCUUCUUUCAAUAGUUCGAAUUUACGAGGGCCGUAGUUUGGAAGGUGCUUUCUGGUUCUCAGCCUUGCUUAAUUUCAAGCAUAUCUACCUGUAUGUUGCACCUGCCUACUUUGUCUACUUGCUGAGGUGCUACUGCUUUUCCAGUAAACAAGAUGGCCGGAUUGACUGGAAUUCAUUUUCCUGUAAGAAGCUGUUGAGUUUGGGUCUUGUUGUCACUGCAGUGUUUUCUGUGUCUUUUGGACCAUUCUUGUUGCUGGGUCAGCUUCCUCAGGUGAUGUCCCAACUAUUUCCAUUCAAGCGAGGCCUGAGUCAUGCAUACUGGGCACCAAAUUUGUGGGCUCUCUAUAAUGCUGCUGAUAAAGCCAGCGUUUUAGCUGGAGUGAAAUUAAAGCUGCUGUCUCCAGAUGUCUUGCCACAAGCCUCCAUGACAGGUGGCAUGGUGCAAGAGUACAGCCAUGUGGUUCUGCCAUCUGUUCCACCUGCUGUCACACUUAUUGCUACACUACUUACUAUGUUUCCUGCCAUGAUCCAUCUGUGGUGUUUUCCACGAGGUCCUCAGGGAUUUGUGCGUGGAAUUGUGCUGUGUGCAUUUGCAUCCUUCAUUUGUGGUUGGCAUGUACAUGAAAAGGCCAUUCUUCUAGUCAUUCUUCCCCUCAUACUGUUGAUAUCUGGAAAGAAGCGCGAUGCUCAAGUCUUUGUUUUGUUAUCCACUGUUGGCCACUAUUCACUCUUUCCACUUCUCUUCACGCCAUUUGAAAACCUCACAAAGGUGAUACUGCUGAUGUUGUCAACGAUAUACACAUUUCUGUCUCUUGGAAACAUCCAUGGGGCACAACGUCAUCAUCUUCAACUACCUCUUCUAUCGAUGCUAGAAAGUUUCUAUCUGUAUGGCAUAGUGUUUCUGGAGGUUUACAAUACAUUUUUACAUUUCUUGCUAGGGUUGUCAGAAAAACUGCCAUUUUUGCCUCUCAUGUUGACAUCAGUGUAUUGUGCUGUUGGAAUUGUGUACUGUUGGUUGCGAUUUUAUUCUGUCACAUUGCAAGAUAAACCAAAGAAGAAAAUGAAAUCCAACUGAUGGCAGUAAAACUGAAUUUAAAAGUGUAA